CGCGCUUCAAGCGCAACACAUCGUGUGUGCACCGCAGCAAUGGCGAGCAGUAUCGUGCGCUCGACUGCGAAGCGAGCCGUGCAUCUAAAGAUCACACCUCGACCAGCCGACCUUGAACAAUCACGGGAAAUCCUCAAACUCAUCUCACGCUUCGGCGAAGUUGAAUAUUAUCGGAAUCUCAGAUACGACGCCCUCACUCAUCCCCAUGUCGCAUUAGUGAUCUUCAAAAGAGACCAAGACGCUUACGAUUUUCAAAAAAAGGCACCGAUUCGAUUUCGGAUGGGACGAGCAGGGCCCCGGGAGGAACCAAGAGAUGGAAACCAGACGGCGUCCGACGACGCAGACGCCAGCGACCCGAGUGUGCCCAUCAGACGCAUUCCCACACUUGCCGACGCAUCAUUCGAAGUGAAUCAGAAACGCUCUAUGUCCACGGCCGCGAACGCUAUUCCACAGCCGCCGCCCCGACCACCCGUGAUUCCGCUCCAGGAUGAACACGCUGAAUCACAGCCUCUUCUUGACUCGCGAAUGUUUCAAAUCAUCACAAGUCCAGCUCGAUCGAGGUUUCGGGAUCGCAUCGACGCCGCAGCUUUCCACGGAGGAUUCUCUUCUGCCCCAAGGGCUAUCGCGCAGAGGGCUCUUGCAGCUGUGGUUCCCAUACCUGGUCUCUGUCGAAUUGACUGGAAUGAGGAGGAACGGGCAUGGCGAAAUCUGUUGGCGGACAAAGAAAAGGAGCAUAGCGGACCGCUGGCACGCAAAAGCCUCACGGAAAUUUAUGAUGAGCGAUUGAAGGCGCCGAAGCCACCUUGAGAGCGCAAAAGGCUGGAGAAUCAGAUAUGAUACAAAUGGUCCAUCAGGUCGCUUCGCGCCCUAUAAGUGUUGUAAUCAAUGAUACAGCAAAUCAACCAUUCAUCGGGUACGCAGGCUUGACCAACCAUGUGCCUUUGACCAAUCACGAUCGCCAGGAUGUGAUGGUGGCACGCUCGCCUCAAGUUAACGGCAUCAUUCACUGGCUGCUAUUGCGCAGGAUAGCUCUUAUAGCUUCGCAGUCCAUGGUGAACCCUCGCAGAGCAGUGCCGGGCGGCCUAUUGGCAUCGCUGGACUCCAAAUGUACAAUGUGCAGGAAGAAAUGCUGGCCAGAUUGGACACGAUGGAGAUAUUUGCUCGACAGUGCGAUUAUCAAAUCCACCUUCACAUUGACGAAUAUUCUUUUCAAAGGAUUCUCUUGACAUGUAUAUUACUUGUUGCUAUAUGAGAUUACUCAUGCGUUCAUAUUUUAUAUAAAUCCCAAAUCAUCAUCUUGCCAA